AUGGCUGCCAACGUUCCUAAGACUAUGAAGGCUCUUCUGUACGAUAAGCCCGAGGUGCACAAGGUCACUGAGAUUCCUGUUCCUACCCUCCGUGAGAACGACGUCUUGAUCAAAGUCAAGGCCUGUGGGGUUUGCGGUACGGAUUUGCACAUCCACGAGGGUGAAUUCAUUGCCCAGUUCCCCCUGGUUCCAGGCCACGAAACCGUCGGUGUUGUUGCGGCAGUGGGUCCCAAGGUCAAGGGCUUCGAAAUCGGAGAUCGUGUCGUUGCGGACAACUCUGAGCUCUGCGGCGAGUGCUUCUACUGCCGUCGCGGGGAUGAGCUGUUUUGCGAGAACUUCCAUGCUCAUGGUGUGACCAUGAACGGUGGAUUUGCCGAAUACUGCGCUUAUCCUGCUGGCAGGGUAUUCAAGAUCAAGAACCUCUCCGAUGUCGACGCCACCCUCCUCGAACCCGCUUCCUGCGCCGCUCAUGGACUCGACAAGAUCGCUCCCAAGAUGGGCUCUCGCGUGCUCCUCUUCGGUGCCGGUCCCACCGGGCUGAUCCUCGCCCAGCUCCUUCGCCUCAACGGUGGCUGCCACGUCGUCGUGUGCGCUCCCGAAGGUCUCAAGAUGGAACUUGCCAAGUCCCUCGGUGCUGGUGACGAGUACAUUGGCCUUUCUCGCCAGGACCCCAGCGCGCAGUUCAACAAGCUCAAGGCCGACAACCCCUAUGGCUUCGACAUUGUCGUCGAGGCCACUGGCAACGUCAAGAUCCUCGAGGACUCGAUCAAUUAUGUUCGCCGCGGCGGUAAGCUCGUCGUCUAUGGUGUCUAUUCGAACAAGGACCGUGUCUCGUGGCCUCCUAGCAAGAUUUUCGGCGACGAGAUCCAAAUUAUCGGCAGUUUCUCCGAAGUGUACAAGUUCCCCGCUGCUAUCGACUACCUCGACUCCGGCAAAGUCAAGGUCGAGGGCAUCGUCAACAAGGUGUUCAAGCUCGAGCAGUGGGAGGAGUGCCUUGAGGCGAUGCGCAACAAGAGUGCCAUCAAGGCAGCCAUCACUUUUGACUAG